AUGAAUCCCAAACGCACAGAGGGUGCGAUUAUAACCGCUCCCAGGCACGCGUAUCGCAAUGCCACCCGUACCCUCCGCCGAUCGACCCCGCCGACGACGACGUCGGGGAAGCUCCCCGGGGGCUCCCCGGCGCGCCCGCUGAGCCUGCUAGCAGCUUGCCGACGGCCAAUCAGGCUGCAGGCGGCUUACGCCCGGCUCGAGAAGCUUGCACAAGCCCCGGGGCGGGCCUAUGCGACAGUUAGUACCAAGGGCGGCCGUGAGGGCAAACCCCGCGAGGUCGCCAUCAUCGGCGGCGGCAUUACCGGACUGACCGCCGCUCACUACCUGUCCCGCUACGCACCGCCGAACGUGAGGAUCACGCUGUACGAGAGUUCGAAACGGCUCGGCGGCUGGAUAGAGGGAAGCAUACAAUCGGUUGGCGAGGGCCGGUUCGAGAAGGUCCUGUUCCAACACGGUCCUCGGGUGCUUCAGACUGGUCCUACGUCUCCCAAGUACAACGAACUAGUUUUAUAUGACGUGAUAGCCGGCUUGGGGACGAAUCUAGAAAUCAGGGUUAGCAACGCAGCCCACGGGCGUCGCUUCAUAUACUACCCAGAUCGCCUUAUAGGGGUACCAAGUACCACAGCCACAUGGCCCCAAACCAUCACCUCCUAUCUCCGCCUUCUGAGGGAGCCCGUAUCUCGUGGAGUUUGGAAGUCUUUCGUGAAUUUCUACUUGACACAGCGUUACCACAAAGAGCUCCUCCGUGCAGAUCCCAAAGAGGUCUUGGAUCGGGACGAGUCCAUAGGCGAAUUCUGGAGCAAGGUGUUUGGGGACGAUCGUAUCGUCAAUAACGUAAUCUCUGCUUCCAUCCACGGUAUUUACGGUGGGGACAUCAACAAACUGAGCACGAAACAUUCCUUUUUCGACAGCGUGUGGCGGACGCUGAGAGCCCGGACCGCGGAUUCCGAGGUGCUAGUGGAGAAGAAGGAUUGGGUCCUCCUACACGACAUCAUGGAUGGGGACAAUCGUUUCAAGGUUAUUGCCAUGGCGGAACACGCAGCACAGUUUGGUACUAUGACCCUCGGCGACGGAGUGCUAGGCCUCGUCAAUAGCAUGGCUCAAGACUUGGCAAAGCGCAAGAACGUGACAGUGAAGCUUAAUAGCCCUGUCAUAUCCGUGGCUCAUAAGAACGGUCGGGUGUUGGUAACCACUGACGGCACCCCGGAGGAGACGAAGCCUUACGAUCAAGUUAUUUCCACUCUUUUCUCUGGACAUCUUGCCAAGAUAGUCGAGCCUAAAGGCAUACUACCUUCGCUAGCCGGUACCCAUGCCGUGACCAUCAUGGUUGUCAACUUGUGGUUCAAGAACCAUAAGCUCCUCGAGGGGAGGGAGGGCUUCGGUUACCUCAUCCCUACCACGACACCUAAUAACGAGGAGUGUGUUCUGGGCGUAAUCUUCGAUUCGUGUAUAGAGUGGCGCGACGAAAUUCCCGGCACAAAGCUCACGGUCAUGCUCGGCGGCCACUAUUGGGAUGGCUGGGAUUUCCUCCCCAGCGAGAAGAUGGCCAAGCAGAUGGCCAUCCAAGCCGUACAGCGACACCUCGGGAUCGACCCCAGCGAAACGGUGGUCGCCAAUGCCCGCCUCUGCCGCGAAUGCAUACCGCAGCACUACGUCGGCCACCGCGAGCGCAUGAGCAAAGCUCACUACGAGCUCCUCGCCGCCUUCCAGGGGCAGCUCACGGUCGCGGGGCCGAGCUACACGGCGGUAGGCGUGGUGCCGGCGAUGCGCGCGGGCUUCGACGCGGGGAUGCGCGUGGCGCGGGGCCGCGGCCCGCCGUUCUUCCGGCGGCCGGACCGGCUCGACACGUGGUUCACCGACUUCGCGCUCGAGGAGGAGGAGGAGGAGGAGGAGGGGGGGGGGUUUGGGGGCUCGCCCGCGGACGCGCCCUCGGUGCCGGACCACGUCGGGCAGACGGGGCUCGAGGGCUUCACCGAGAGGGUCAGCGACACGCUGAUCGCGGUCCCGAUGGACGAGAUGUACUUCAAGAAGACGGCCGACGCGUUCCACCGCUUCACCGCCGGCCACCUCACCGACUGGAUCGCGCCCUCGGACCUCACCGGCCGCCCGUACGGGCUCCUCGGCGCCAGCACGAAGCCCGGCUACGGCGGCCCCACCUCCUGGCCCGCCUUCCUCGAGAAACUGCACCAGGAAGCCCGGCGCCAGGCCGAGAAGGCCGACGGGAAGGGGGAGAGGUCGUGAGUCCUCGAGAGCCGCGGGUCGGGUGGCGGUAGGACGGAAGGGAAAAGGGGGGGAGUAGAGGAAGAGGCGACGGUAGAGAAGAGUUCCUAAGGGUGUUUGUUCGUUGGUCGCGCAAAUGUAUAUAGGUAUGUUGGUGGAUGCUAGAGUGCGCCUACUGGGCGUGCGCAUAAAUUAAGAGCUGUUCGGCGUGGGGGCCAGG